AAUUCUUCCUAGGGUUUCUUCUGCCUCUUUCCCGGGCCUGCUAGUGAUGCUCUUUCCCCUUUGUAUUUUGGUAGAACUGCUGAUAAGAAUGAAAAUUCUCCUUGCUGAUGAUGUUUUGGGUUUCUGUAGGAAGAAUUUGACCAAGUUAUAUUCUAUUCUCAAUAAUUGAGAGGUGGUUACUGGAACUCGAAAUCACUUGUAUUGCGAUUGCUGCUUGUUGAAUUUAACUUGCAUUUGAAAUACUUAUCUGCAUCCUUAUUUCUUAUUACAUAUUAAAAUUUGUCUUGCUAGAGUGUUUUGUCACAAUGUCCUCCAACUAGUGGCAAGUUUAGGGAUCAUUGUUUGUGUCCUUCUGGUUGAGCAAUACGGUAACUGCACUUUCAUGUUCAACACAGUUUUGACAAAGGCUUUCCUGUGAUGACUGGCUGAUCAUAUUGGUUUUCAAGUAUGGAGAGACAUUCUUUUUGGGUUAGAUAAUGUUGCCUAUUUUUCUUGGUUAAUGGGCACCACAUCAUUUUUCGGUGUAGUAGACUUGCUUAAUCCUUGUGAAGAUUACCAUUAGUUAUGAUUGUUUCUCUUUAAACAUUUUGCUUGUCAUAGAGCCAAAGUGAUUCUUGAAAGUGUUUUUCAUAUAGAAAAGCGAUUUAUGGCUCAGAAUAGCUCGAUACAUUAUGACAACAAGAUUGCACUAUGACAAGCUUAAACAGAUAUUCUGUAUGGACCGUGUAUUUCAUGAAUGCUUUUAAGGUGAAAUAUGAUUGUUCCGAUUAGUUUUGGUCUUAAUAUAGUUCUCUGUUUUCUUAUUCCUGUAUAGAUUGAUUGAAUUAAUGUUUGGUAUUAUGCAAAGACUUUGUCUGCAGUUGAGCUUCUCAGACUUUCUUGAACUUGUGUUUCUGAUUCUUGGAUCUGUCUCCACAUAUUUCCAUUAACUGAUCCUGGUUAAUGAUCAUAUAAUCAUUAACCUAGGGUAGCAAAAUUCAGCAGAGUUCAUUGCGAUGAAACCGAAUGUAUCAUCUGUGACAGCAAUAAGCUCUAAUUUUGUUGUUAUCUUGCCAAUAAACCCUGUAUAAGAGCUAGCUUGCUUCCUCAUGCAUCACUUUGAAAACGCUUUUUUUUCCAUUCUUCUGUUGGAGUUGAUGAAGACAAGUGAUUAAUCAUGUCAUGGCACGAGAUGUGCAAUUGGGUUUCGAAAUUAAGCUACUUCCACCGCUCAAGGAAUAAUUGCGGAACCCUUCCUACAAAUCAGGUUUAAUUACAUACCAUCGUCAUGUGGUAUUCAAAAGUACAAGCAGAAAAUUAAACAGCUGGUGCGAAUUUUUUAGCACUCAUCGUCAGCAUUAAGAAGCAGCCCAGCCCUCAAGAGAGAAGGUUUAUUUCGUCAAGUUUUCCCUUCUGUUAUAUUGGACUACUUUUUCAGUUAUUCUAGGUUGUUCAAGUCCUCCAAGACGGCCCAAACAGAAUGCCUGUCGAAGUUGCAAGUAUAUCCCCAGAAAGAAAGCCCAGAAACGGUGAAAGAUUGGCUUGGCCUAAACCCGAAGCCGAACAAGUCGACGUGGAGCAAUCAGAACUUCGCCCGUCCUAUGGCUCCAAAUUGCCACCCAAUAGGCCGAAGAUUCAGACCUGAUCAUCUGUGCUUCUCUGAGCUAUCAGUUUCCGUAUUUUCACGAAUGGAUGCUGCUCCAUUCUUCUCAUCUCUUCAACUAAUCCCUUGCGUAAAAUACCCUUCAACCCGAGGCUUCAUCACAAGUCACCCCACCUACUAUGGAUCAAAUCUAAGUCCAUCUAUCACAACCAAACCCACCAUUCUACCGAGCAGAAACAUCCCAUCAACUUCAAGAACAAGUGCUAUAAACGACUUCUCCGCCAUCACUUCAGAGGUGCAGCCCGAAAUCACUUGGCAAAUUAUCUUGGGCACUUUAGCCGGUGUUACCCCUUUCGUGGUCGCUGGGAUUGAGUUCAGCAAGAGAAUUGUGGCACAGAGGAAGUGUAAGGUGUGUAAAGGCUCUGGGCUUGUUCUGAGGGACAAGAAGUACUACUUCCGAUGCCCUGGCUGCGGAGGGUUCUUGCCAUGGCAAUCUUGGAGGAGAUUCUUUACUGGUUAGAUCGUGUAGUUGCUUCCUCUUUCUAGUUCAACCGUAAGUUGCAUGCAGGAAACCAGAAUUUCUGAAGAUUCCACAACCUGCACUUGUUCUCAUCUGGCACUGCAGUUUCUGGAGAUAUGCAGACGCAGUUUUUUAUUUUAUUUAUUGUUUAUGUAUUAUAAAUAGUCAAAACAGCACACAAUGUCGAAUUACGAAUAAUACAAUGAAUAUCUUUGAAAUUUUCAUUCUGUAAUUCUUGGAC